UUAUGGAUGAUAUUACUUCUUCUUCAUCAUGGGAAUUCUCUGGUUCCAGUGAAAAUGGUUCAGCUUGGUGAACCAGCAACCUUAAAGUGUGAUAUACCCAAAGACAUCAGGAGUAAAGUAUACUGGUACAGGCAGAGUGUUGGGGAUACACUUAAAUUAAUUGUGAGACUAUAUCGAGAUACAGAACCUGUGUAUGCUUCUCCGUUUUUGAAAUCAAGAUUUCCUGCAAAGAAUGCAAACAAUUUUAGCAAACUGACUAUUCUGGAGACAAUCAAAGAGGAUGAGGGAAUUUAUCAUUGUGGAACCACAACAUGGUGUGAUCUUGAAUGGAGUGGGACAUAUUUGUUAGUUAAAGGAAACACUGAAAGGACAUCAAACUAUAUUGUUGUACAGCAGCCGACAGAAUCAAAUCCACUGCGUCCAGGAGACACAGCAACUCUACAGUGUUCAGUUCUCUCUGAUUCUGAGAACAAGACGUGUCCAGGAGUUAAUAAUGUUUUCUGGUUCAGAGCUGGAUCUAAUAAAUCCCAUCCAAACAUCAUUUACACUGAUGGAAAUAGGACUGAUCAAUGUGAGAAAAGAUCUGACCAUCAGAAAAGAUGUGUUUAUCGCUUCUCUAAGAACGUCAGCUCCUCUGAUGCUGGGACUUACUACUGCGCUGUGGCCACAUGUGGGGAGAUAUUAUUCGGAAACGGAACUACAGUUGAACUUGAGCGAACAACACAACUCGUGUUUAAUCAAAUGGCAAUAUUAAUAAGCUGUUUGGCCAUUUCAGUCAUUGGAAACGUUUUCCUCGUCUGCAGACAAAGCAUAUGUAAGAAAAGUAAAGACUGA